AUGCGCGCCGUGUCCGUCGUCGUGGCCAGCACGCCGAAGGGGGGGAUCGGCCGCGAUGGUGCGCUUCCGUGGAGCUUGCCCGAGGACAUGGCACACUUCAAACGGGUCACCAAGGCUUUGCCAGACGACGCGGACGCGGGUAAGGUCAACGCUGUCAUCAUGGGCCGCAAGACCUGGGAGUCCAUCCCAAGCAAGUUCCGGCCUCUACCUGGUAGGCUCAACGUCGUGUUGACGCGCACCGUUGCCGAACCGUCGAAGCAGCUCUACCCCUCGGACGUGAUGGUCGCAUCGUCUGUUGCGAGCGCUGUCGAUGAGCUGGCGAAGCGCCAGGAUGUGGCCGACAUAUUUGUGAUCGGAGGCCAGGCCGCGUACCAGGAAGCAGUGGAGCUGCCCAACUGCCGCUACAUCUUCAUGACCCGCGUCGGCAAGGAUCUCGAGUGUGACGCAUUCUUCCCAGCCUUCGACGCCACCAAGUUUCAAGUGGUGCACCUGAGCAAGACGUCAAGCCACGACGGCCUCCCGUACGACUUCAUCGUGUACGAGCAGAAGGCCAUGGCGGCGGCGAAAGGGAGCCCGUCGCCGGCGCUGGCUGCCAUGGGCGGUGCAGGGCAGCUCUUGCACGAGGAGUACCAGUACCUCGACGCCAUCCGCGAGAUCAUCGAGAAGGGCGAGGCGACAGGCGACCGCACCGGCGUGGGCACCAGGUCGAUGUUCGGGAAGCAGAUGCGCUUCGACCUCAGUAAGAGCUUCCCCCUGCUGACAACGAAGAGAACGUUCUGGCGCGGCGUCCUGGAGGAGCUUCUGUGGUUUGUGAAGGGCGACACGAAUGCCAAUCACCUGUCCGAGAAGGGCGUGAAGAUUUGGGACGCCAACGGCUCGAGAGAGUUCCUGGACAAGCGCGGGCUUUCCCAUCGGGAGGAGGGGGAUCUAGGCCCUGUCUACGGCUUUCAGUGGCGCCACUUCGGGGCCAAGUAUGUGGACAUGCACACCGACUACACAGGAAAGGGCGUGGACCAGCUGGCGCAGUGCAUCCGGAAGAUCAAGGAGGAUCCGAACGACCGGAGGAUCUUGCUCUCGGCGUGGAACCCAGCCGACCUCUUCGAGAUGGCCUUGCCGCCUUGCCACAUGUUCUGCCAGUUCUACGUGGCCAACGGCGCGCUCUCGUGCCUGAUGUACCAGCGCUCCUGCGACAUGGGCCUGGGCGUACCGUUCAACAUCGCGUCCUACUCCCUACUGACCUGCAUGAUGGCGCAGGUCUGCGGCCUGCAGCCGGGCGAGUUCAUCCACACGCUGGGGAACGCGCACGUCUACGAGAACCACGUCGAGCCCCUGAGGGAGCAGCUGGAGCGGACCCCGCGCCCGUUCCCAAUCCUGAGGGUGAAUCCGGACGUCAAAGACAUCGAUGGCUUCAGGGCCAGCGACUUCGAGCUCGUGGGGUACAGCCCGCACGGCGCCAUCAAGAUGGACAUGGCCGUGUGA